GUAUUUUUUAAUACUAAUCUGGCCACUCUAGUUUAAGUUAUAUUGUUAUUGUUUUGCGCAUCUGUUUAAAAUUUAUAAAAUGGAUACAACCGUAUCUUCGCUUGACACUUCUGCUCUGGAGGACGAAGAGCCCCGACUUGGCUACACCCAUGAGCAAAUUGAAACUAUGCUGACGAAUUCUUCGAUCAAGGAUUGGUUUCCGUUUGUGCAUGAAACUUCGGACGCUAGAGAAUUACUACAUCGUUUUGUGAAGAGUCUGUCUAAAAAGUGCACAUUCAAGCUGGUGCAGGCUCUGGAUCUCUUCACGUUAUCGAUUAUGAUGAUGAAUUACCAAAGGGACAACUUGCUGCUCAUGAAAGAGCGCUUGAUCCUGGUAGAUACAGUGUGUUACCGGGCAGGAUCACUGGACUCGGAAGAGAUUCAUUUUAUUGCACUUGGCUUGUUUGAGAAAUUUGUUGACGGACUCGGUGCAGAGCGCUUGGAAAAAGUCUUGGACUUGCACACUGCCAUUCCCGCGCUAGUUAAGUCAUCUAGAGUGGGUAACGAUAUUGCUGUGGCACUUCUUCUAAUUAUUAUGGAAAAGUACACGGAAACACCUGUUAAAAAAGAGCUUACCGGCAAUGCCCGAAAGGCUUUCGAAAUGGCCAAGACAGUCAACUGGCAACAGUUAGCAGAGAGUGGCCGUCACGCGGAUAUGUUCAUGCUUAUUCGGACGUUCAGCCUGAUUAUUAAUUGCCGACAGACGCGCGAUGAGUGCCCUGAUUGGAAGGUUAACCUGGGUGCCGAGAUUCACAAAUACUUUUUGCAAGUUCGAAAGUCGUUUGAUCACUCUACCAUCUAUGGAGCCUUCGAAAUGAUGAUCGAGAGAUUUAUUGCUUAUUGCGUUAUCCGCGGUGCUACAACAAAUCCACAAAUUAGCAACUUUAAGAUAUCCGAAGAAACAAACUCAGAGGACCAAAGUAGCCAAAUUAUUUAGAAUUUAACUAUGUUUUUGGAAGUUACGUUUGUUUAAUUUUAAGUUAAAUGUUUAGCGUUUAUCGAGAAUGCCAAAUUCAUUAGGUUAAAAUGAUAAUUCCAUGUUUGAGAUAAAGGUGUUAAUAGCAAUAAACAUAAAACAAAAUUUAA